AUGGGAUCAGCGGGGAUGAAGAGGAGUGCUAGGGUUUCCGGCGAUACGAUUAUAAGGUCAGGGAGACGAUUAGUUGCUAAGCGCAUGAGGUUAACGUCCAUGGCUGUUGUAGACACCCAAGAAAACAAGGUUGAGCUUCUUGAUCAAGAAAAACAUGAAAGAGAAAUCAAGUUGGGCGAAUCCACGAAACACAUAAAUGGUACUGAUCAGGUUAACGGAAUUGAUCACGAAGAACCAAGAGAAAUCAAAGAGAAUGGGCAUAGAACCGAUGAACAAGAAGAUGAGAUCAAAUUGGAGGAAUCCAAGAAAACGAGUUUAGUUGAUGAUAAUCGUGAUGAUGGUGAUAAAGUUAGUCGUACUAAGCAAUUUGGAGCUGUUUAUACCAGGAAACGAAAGAGGACAAUACCCUGCGACUCAUGUUUAAAAAGCAGUAGUUUGGAGGAAAAGUGUGGUUCAGAUAAGAUGUUUAAAAAUAAGUACUUUAAAAAGAGGGUUAGAACUAAUUUAGUAUCUGGGAUUUUCAAUUUAAAUUUAGGUUCUAACGUGAAAGAUGUUUUAUGGAAAGGGCCUGUUAUUUUUUCUCGUGGUGAUAAUAGUAGUAGCAGAAGUAAUGGGUUUUCUUGUUCUGUUAGUUCCGUUUUAAGAUACAUGAGGAAUGUCAAAGUGUUCUCAUGGAGACAGUUUUCUUCUUUCUUAUUAUCAGAGCUCACCCUUAGUAUUUACUCAUCCAUUGGCAUUCGGUUUUCCCAGGACACAAUGGGCCAUGGAUUCUUGAAAGUGUUUGGCUCAGUUCUUUCUAUACCACUCUUUACUGUCGACUUCAUUUCACUUCCGUUCUGCUUUUUGUAUAUGCAUUCAAGCUUACUUUUGAAAUUUGCAUUUCUAUCCUAUGCAUUGAUCUUACAUCCAGUUGUUGAAAAUGCUAUGGAUGAUGAUAUCAAAGUGCCAUCUGUUUUCACUGAACUCCACCAUUUUGGUAAAUAUAUGUUAGUCACAAAGCGUAGAUCUUCCAGAAAAAGGGUACCAAGGGUAUCACUUUUUAAAAAAGGGCAAACCCAUGUAGAUAAUAUAGUGCCUGUGCCUGGUGUGAGGGAAGUAGCAGGAUAUGAACAGGAGGAAUAUGUACCCUUUAAGCUACCGGAUUUGUAUAUUAGUUCAAAAAGUGAUGAAGUUUCUAGAACUUUGCAAAAGAGUUAUCCGAUUUAUGAUAUGGAUUCUGCUGAUGAGAAGUGGUUAAAGAAGUUUAAUAGUGAGCAGUUUGCUAACGAAUGUGUCUCGGAAGAUACUUUUGAGAAAGUAAUUGAUGCUUUUGAGAGAGGAAUUUAUUGUAGUCCAGAUGAUUAUUCUAAUGCCACAUCAGCGGUUGAUCGGUGUCUAGAAUUGGCAUCAAAGGAUGUUUUAGAGGCUUUGUAUAGGUAUUGGAUGACUAAGCGGAAGAAGAAACGCUCCCCUUUACUUAGAGUUUUUCAGUGUUACCCGCGUAGAAGAGUUAGAAAACAUGCUACAAAUACUGUUCUUCGCAAAAAACGUUCUCUUAGAAAACGGAAGAGCCAACUUCAUGCAGGAAAACCUGCUGGUUUCUUGAAAGCGAUGAUGAUGAUGAAUGAACAAAAAACAUUGGAAGAGGCUGCAGAUGUGUAUAUGAAAGUGCAUGAAACACAAGAAGAUGUAAGGAGGUCAGAAAUGACAGCCAUUGUUAAACGACAAGAAGCUCAAGCUCUUAUGGAGACUGCUGACUUGGCGACUUACAGAGCGACCAUGGCACUUAGAAUUGCAGAAGCUCGAGCAGCAACCACUGGGUUUUCUUUGUGA